AGACGGAAGUGACGUAUCAGAAAGUGAAGCGAAAGGAAGUCCAUGGCGGGAGAGAUGAAGAUGGUCGAGAUAGAGCUGAAAAAGGGCGAAAAAUAGGCGAAAACAGCAAGAGCGAAAGUAAACCUGCAAUGGAGAGGAAACGGACACUGUAACCGUGACAACGAGACACGGAGGACGGAUUUAAAGUGAUCAUGAAAUCGUCUCCAGACGGUCGUCGUUCGGUCGCAGUGACGCACCUGUAAGCUGGUUUGCCAACUGCCAUCAGAAGAAUGGGAAGGAAGGAGGUGGAGGGGCAAAGGGUGGCUGUUCAAGAGGAGUGGUGUGUGCAGACAUGGCUAUUGUUUGAUGAAGCGGACUGUACUAAGAGGAAAGACACAAACUAAAGUAUUGAUCCCGUCACGUUAGUGUGAAUCUGAUACCAAUACCAACGUCUGUUUUGCUUCUAUUGCUUUUUGUAUGGAUCCGCCCAGCCUGAGUUGAAGCGGCAAUGAGUUCAGCUCAGUAUCUGAGAGAGUUCAUCAAGGAGAGACUAACUGCUGUUUGUGAAGAAAUCUUCUCAGAGGUUCAAAAAACCAUCGUCCAGUAUGAGGAGGAGAUCAACCGUCAGCACAGACUGCUGGAUAUCAGCCGGAAACCCGACAGAAACUCACACAUCAUAGACCUCCCACAACAACAUGACUGUGAGGAAGAGGAGGGUCUGUAUGAGCAGCAGGUCUGUAACCAGGAGAGGAACUCCAGUCUGGACCAGGAGGACCCAGAGUCUCCACAGAUUAAAGAGGAACAGGAGGAACUCUGCAGCAGUCAGGAGGGAGAGCAGCUUGAACUGAAGCAGGAGGCUGAUACUUUCAUGGUGACACCCACUUAUGAGGAAAGUUCCAACAGUGAACCAGAACCAAACAGUGAGCAGCUCCUUUCUCCCAGCUCACCUGAAGCAGAAAGCCAAAAUCAUGAAGAAAGCCAGCAUGUGGACUUAAGAUCUACUAGGAAUGCAGAGCUGAAGAAGAGGAGACAUCACAAUCAGCGAGUGGACAAUGCUGUUUCAGAGAGUAAAACUGACACAAGGAAACAGUCCGUACAGUGUGACACCUGUGGAAAAACUUUUAAUUUUAAAUCCAACCUUACUACACAUCUGAGAGUUCACACAGGUGAAAAACCAUAUCCUUGUAGCACCUGUGGGAAACAGUUCAAUCAAAAAUCAUCAUUGAAUACUCAUGUAAGAAUUCACACAGGUGAGAAGCCGUAUCCGUGUAACACCUGUGGGAAAAUAUUCAAUCAGCUGGCACACUUGAAAACUCACACAAGAAUUCACACAGGAGAGAAGCCACAUUGUUGUACCACUUGUGGGAAAAGAUUCAAUGAGAAAUCAACAUUAAAAACUCACAUAAGAGUGCACACAGGUGAAAGGCCAUAUCCUUGCAGCACUUGUGGGAAAAGAUUCAGUCAGAGGAUGAACUUAAAGAAACACAUGAAAAUUCACACUGGUUAAAUGUUUAAUACUUUGAAAAUGUGAUAAAGCCCUGAGUGAUAGCAAUGUGUUGGUGGUAGAACUGAACUGACCAGAAGUAAAAUCACUGCAAAACCUGAGUGAAAAGAUGAUUCAUGUUCAAGACAGUAUUUCAAGACAUUGUUUAUUUGGUUUCCUACUUUAUUCUUAUAAAGCCAAACUCGUCUUACAUUUCAUAAAGGUUAAAGUUCAGUAUGCUCCUGUUCUGUUUGUUCAUUGUUCGAGGGCCGGUGUCCUGCAAGUUUUAGAUAUCAACCUGGGUCAACACACCUGAAUCACAUGAUUAGUUCAUUACCAAAUCUCUGGAGAACUUCAAGACAUGUUGAGGAAGUAAUUAAGCCAUUUGAAUCAGCUGCAGGACCCGGUCCUCGAGGCCUGGAGUUGCCCACCCCUGCUCUAAUGUGUGAAUGCAGCAUAAGAGUGUUCUCUUAUUCAGCUGAAGUUUUUCUUUGUUUCUGAUUUUUACCCACUAUGAUGCCAGGAGUAGUGCGCAAUAGUAGGACUGACUAACCAGUCAGUGGUGAGAGAGAUCCUUGCAAGCUCAGAAUGAAAAGUUUGUUUUGGUUUAAAUUUUGUUAUGAUUAAUUUACCUGAAUAAAUAUGCUGGACAAGUGAACCACAAAAAAACAAAACAAAACAAAAAAACAGUGGAGGCUCACUGAUGAAGAUUUGGUCCACCCCACACUCUGACUCACCUUUACAGCACAGCUAAUGUAAUGUCUGCAAGUUAAAUUAUUCUGCAGAAGCAAAAGUUUGGUUUUUUUUACUUUUCCAAUUAGAAAGUUGGGGCAUGAAGAGAUUGGAGAGAGUUAUAAGCUUUCCUUCUUUGGGAAUUCACUUUGACUCCACAGUUGACUCUCGCAGCUGGAGUGUAGUGAACAGGUGUUAUCAGUGCGGAUGGGACGCUAGAAAAAGAUGUUUCUACACUGAGUCAAGCUUCUGGAGCACAGAUGUUUUCAAACACAACUCUGAAGCAUGGUUCAAAACACCCACGUCACGUGAUCACGACUAACCGAGGUUUUGGUGCACUUUACCCCAGU